GCCAUCAGAGAGCGAAGAAGCACGUCCGAAUAGCUUUUCACGCUAGCUACCUGUCUUGCUAGGUCUGGUGCAAUUCACCCAAAUUUAGAGAGCUGUUAGAGUGUGUCAAGAAAAAACGGUCAAAAGCCACGCUCGGUAUGUUGUCGAGGAAGCUGAAUUCCACUGCUGUCAUCUUUUGUAAAACGUCACUUUUGACAGCGUCAUUCUGUAAACCAAUUAAGUGCAAUUUGACCUGCGUUAAUGUCAUACGUUGUCGUGUUGCUGUUGUGUAGUCGUGUUGGUGAGUGGAAAACGUGUCGUUUUCCCAGGUAUCACAUCCAGCGUGGUCACAUUCAACUGAUAAGAGCAACGCCCAAGUGAAUUAUGUGCUGCAGCUGAAGAUGGGUGGUAGCGGCUCCAAAUCCAAAGGAUUUUGGCCUUUCUCUGGCUCAGGCAGUGUUGACGACCAAUCCAAAGAUUCAAAUGAGCAGUCACUAGCAAGAGCACGAAGUUUCCCUGGCGCAACACCUUUUGUGUUUACCAGGCGAAGCUCUUUAUUCUUCGAUGAAGAUGGCGACCUGGCUCACGAGUUUUACGAAGAGACUAUUGUGACAAAAAAUGGCCGUAAGAAAGCCAAACUGAGGAGGAUUUACAAAAACUUGACACCUCAGGGAAUCAUAAAGCUGGACCUCCCGUGCAUCCAUGUCGAUUUCCCCGUCGUCCUUUGUGAAGUCUGACAAUGUCCAAGAAGUGUUUCUAGACAACCACACUUGUGUCAGCGCCAUCCCGUGGUUUUUCCCCCGUGCAACCUGGAAACCAGAAACUUUCCGAUAACACGCCACACAUCUCUUGAUAUCUUUGAAGUGCAUCCGUGGUCAAGACGAUGUCAUGUGAGCUGAGCCUCUGCAUGUGAUCUGUUGUUAGCGACGCUUUAUAGAUCACCGAUGGGAGAGAUGUAAGACGGUGCCAAGUUGGCAAAACGUACUCGGUUUACAUGGUGUGUAUGCAUGUAAGUGUGUUGUUGCAGACACGGGCCGUGUUAAACUCCUGAAUUGAUUGCUGCAGAUUAUUUUCAGGUUUGGUUCUCUGAACUCUUCAAGGGGAUUAUACCAAUUCCUCCCCGUGUGUUGUAUUAUCUCGAGAAGAAAGGUAGUUGCACACUUAAGCAUUUAUUCUUUCUUUUUCUUUUUAACUUUGCUAUGCAUGGGAAAAGGAUCAGAUGGUUGAUUGUAAUAAUGAAGGGAGUAGACAAUCAGUAGCCCUCCAAUUAAACUGAAUUGAUUCAAUGAUUUUGGCUCGAUGUCACACUGUAGUUACAAGAUGAGGAGAGACAUCCGCCGUGAGAUCCGAGUGUGUGCUCUGCUGCUUCCGCAUGCGAUAUUUCACAUUUAAUUUAUUAUAACUUUUUUAAAAACACAUUUUAAAAUGCC